AUGUUGGGUGCGCAUACAGAUUCUCCCUGCCUCAAGAUUAAGCCUGUAAGCAAGAAACAAGGAGAGGGAUUUCUCCAAGUAGGUGUCGAAACAUAUGGUGGAGGACUAUGGCAUACCUGGUUUGAUCGUGAUUUGGGGCUUGCAGGAAGAGUAAUGGUGCGAGGAUCUGACGGCAAGAUUGCUCAGAAGCUUGUGCAUAUUGACAAACCACUCCUGCGUAUCCCUACUUUAGCCAUUCACCUCGACCGACAGGAAACCUUUCAGUUCAACAAGGAAACACAGCUAUUCCCAAUAGCCGGAUUGGUUGCUGCUGAACUCAAGCGGAAGGCAGGAAAAGGAGAUGCUAUAGAAGAGGACACCACCAAAGAAUUCUCAGUCAUGAAAGUGACGACCCAAAGACAUCAUGAGCAUAUAGUCGAGCUAAUUGCAGAUGACUGUGACGCCGAUCCGGAAGAUAUUGUCGAUUUCGAGGUCGUACUCUACGAUACGCAAAAGGCAUGCCUCGGUGGAUUGACUGAUGAAUUCAUUUUCUCAGCAAGACUUGAUAACCUCAACCAAACUUACUGUGGGACUAUGGCCUUGAUUGAUUCGGUGAAGAAAGACAGUGCGCUCGACAACGAGACGGCUAUUCGUCUAUUUGCUGCUUUUGACCACGAAGAGAUUGGCUCGACCACAGCUCAAGGAGCUGAUUCAUCAAUGCUUCCUGGCGUCAUCCGAAGGCUUUCCGUGCUUCCUGCAUCCUCGUUCGCCGAUAGUGAAUCGGACAAAUCUUACGACAAGACUAACGACCCGGAUUUGUCGACGGCAUAUGAGCAGACACUAUCUUGUUCUUUUCUUAUUAGCGCUGAUAUGGCUCAUUCAGUUCAUCCAAAUUACGCUGCCAAGUACGAGGCCGACCACAAGCCAGAAAUGAACAAGGGUCCAGUGAUCAAGGUGAAUGCCAAUAAUCGAUAUGCUACAAACUCGCCUGGUAUUGUCCUGCUACAAGAGGUGGCUCGAAAGGCACCCAAGAAGAUCGAUACUGACGAAGCUGGAGUACCCUUGCAGGUGUUUGUUGUGCGAAACGACUCAAGCUGUGGCAGCACAAUUGGUCCCAUGCUCGCUGCAGCAUUAGGUGCACGAACACUUGAUUUGGGUAACCCGCAGCUGUCAAUGCACAGCUGUCGAGAAACUGGUGGAGCUGACGAUGUGCAUCAUGCCAUUCGACUCUUCAGCAGCUUCUUCGAACACUAUUCGAGCUUGGAGAAGACUAUUUUGGUCGACUGA